UUUUGAAGAGAGAGAGAGAGAGAGAGAGAGAGAGAGAGAGAGAGAGAGAGAGGACGCUCUGAACCGCGGUCCUGAAUCCGGACAUUAUUUCACUAUUACUAUUAUUUUUGUCUGCGUGUCUGUAGUGCGUGUGAUCACAAGCGUGUUGUUUAGGAGUUGAUGUGAGACCGUAAUGUCUUCAUGAACAAAACUCUACGACAACACACAACUUCUCUAAUGACCGCUUUAGUGCGAUCGUAAUGGCAACAAAGGCACAGGUUUUAUACGACUUCGCAGCAGAGCCGGGCAACAACGAGCUGUCGGUGAGAGAGGGUGAGACCAUCACAAUCACCAACCAGAACAUAGGUGGAGGAUGGAUCGAAGCACGGAACAGCAGAGGCGAGGUCGGCCUGGUGCCUGAGGACUAUGUGGAGGUCGGUAAGCCUCAGGAGUUCACGGCAGGAGGAAGUGUGCCGCCGCUCGACCUGUCCAUCUUUGAUAGUCAUGCAGGAACAAGUAACACACAAGGCCAGGUGGAUGUAGGUCAGCCGGAAACCACACUCACCCCCAUGACCCCCAUCACCCCCGUGUUCCCAGCACUGUCCUCCCCUGAUGAGACGAGUAACGGCAGUGACCCAUGGGCCGUGUUUGACACUAACACCUCUGGGGGAUUCUCCAAUAACUGGGCUGCGCAGCCCGAAGGCACAGAGACCGGGCAGAGUGGCAGCAGCGCCUGGCCAUCUGGAGGACUAGGCCACCCUCACGCUUACCCGGGCCCAGGUGCCGAGGAUGACGAGUGGGACGAAGACUGGGACGACAGGAAGUCCUCGGGUGGGUUCGGUGAAAACGAAGCGGGCGACGGCAGCGCCAUGACCAGAGGAGGAGCUCAUGGAUCGUCCAUGAAAAUCACCCUCAACAAAUUCCCAGGAUUCUCCAAAUCGGGCCCUGAGCUGUACCUCCUGUCCAAACAGGUGUCCAAAGGACCCAAGCUGUCUGUCUAUAGCGGUGAGGUUGGUCCAGUGUGGGAAUACACUGAGCCUCAGCUGGACUGCGUUGUAGCAGACCCCAAAAAAGGCUCCAAAAUGUACGGCCUAAAGAGCUACAUCGAGUACCAGGUCACCCCUAACACCACCAACAAACCUGUCAAUCAUCGAUACAAGCACUUUGAUUGGCUGUACGAGAGACUUUUGGAAAAGUUUGGGUCAGCAAUCCCUAUACCAUCCCUGCCUGACAAACAGGUCACAGGACGUUUUGAGGAGGAGUUCAUUAAGAUGCGUAUGGAGAGGCUUCAGGCCUGGAUGUCCAGAAUGUGCCGGCAUCCCGUGGUCUCCAACAGCGACGUCUUCCAGCUCUUCCUCACCUACAAGGACGAGAAGGACUGGAAGACGGGGAAGAGAAAAGCAGAGAAGGACGAGACGGUCGGGGUGAUGAUCUUCUCCACCAUAGAGCCGGAGGGACUGCAGGACCUGGAGCUGCUCGAAGUCGAACAGAAGUGUGAGCAGUUCAGUCGGUUCACCAAGGCGAUGGACGACGGAGUGAAGGACCUGCUGACUGUGGGACAAGAACACUGGAAGCGCUGUACAGGCCCUCUGCCCAAAGAGUACCAGAGGAUCGGGAAAGCCUUCCAGAACCUGUCCUCUGUCUUCAACAGCAGUGGAUAUGAAGGAGAAGCUACACUCACUGACGCUCUGACAGCAGCAGGGAAGACCUACGAGGAGAUCGCUCAGAUGGUGGCUGAGCAGCCUAAAAAAGAUCUUCACUUCCUCAUGGAGACCAACAACGAGUACAAAGGGCUGCUGGGAUGCUUUCCCGACACCAUCGGAGUCCACAAGGCCGCCAUAGAGAAAGUAAAAGAAGCAGACAAACUGGUGGCCACCAGUAAAAUCACCUCUGGAGAAAAAGUCACUAUGGGGAAGAGAGCCAGCGUGAUGUCUUAUGCAUUACAAGCGGAGAUGAACCAUUUCCAUAGCAACCGUAUCUACGACUACAACAGAGUGAUGCAGCAGUACCUGGAACAGCAAGCGAAAUUUUACGAGACGAUUGCUGAGAAGCUGAGACAGGCUCACAGUCAGUUCACUACCAUGUAAAGAAGAGGCCUGAACUGCAUCUCACACCCAGGGGGCGCUCACUCUCUCUCUGUCACUCUCUCUCUGUCAUUCUCUCUCUCUUUGUGUCAUUCUCUCUAUCAUUCUGUCUCUGUCACACUCUGUGUCUGUCACUCUCAUUCUGUCUUUCUCUCGCUCUGUCACUCUGUCUUUCUCUUUCUGUCUUUCUAUCAUUUUCUCUCAUUCUCUCUCUUUCUCUGUUCCUCUUUUACAUCUUUACUUGUCUUUGACCUCAGUGCCAUAAAAAGAUUAUGUUGAUCUCAGACCAAAGGAGGUUUGGUAAAAUAUCACAUCCUCAUUUAACAUGAAAAAACCAUUUGUCUGUAAUGUUCAGUUUUUAGUCAAGCUUUUCAUCCCAAAAGGAGCACAGAUGUACCACACACACACACACACACACACACACACACACACCAUCACUUGAUUUUUGUGCUGCUAGCAGGAGAAUCUGAUUUUUGUUUUUUAGCUGAAUUUUAAAAUUCGAUACAUAAUUUCACAGCGUAAAUUUGCAUGACGUACAAAUUUGAAUUUCGUUAUAUAUUUAAUUUUGUAAAACGUCGUUCCGGCCGAUCAGCAGUCAGGACAUGAUCGUGUGAUGAAAUCUGGAGGACUGGAAAAGCAGAGGACGUGACCAUGAGGUCCGACCUUGUGUCAUUUAUACAUCGAGCGUUCAUAGAGCAUUCAUAAGUGUCCAAAGUAUAAGUGUAAGUCUGCAACGUAACCUAAAGCUUUGAAAGAUCUAUAGAGGUGACCUCAUGACAUCAGGAUGAAGAAGAACAGACAUCAGUGUCCCGUUCAGGAGACGUUUCAGGAGCGUCACCGUGAGAUUUAUAGCCUUUUAUUUCCCCUCAAACGGCACAUUCGUGAAGCUCGUGCUUCUUAAUUAAGCGACAGAGAUGGUGAACUUGUGCUGCCUUGGAAGUGGGAAAUUCUGUUAUUUCUAACUACAAAGAGGUAAAGUUUCUGUUAGAAGUGCGAUGAGUGACGUAUAUGUACAUGUUUCUUCUCGAGAUAUUAAAGUGUGUGUGUGUGUGUGUGGUGGUGUAUACAGUAUACACUCUAUACUGAGUGAAUAUAUAUAUAUAUAAAUAACCUUCUCUUUAAAAUAUAUAUAGACACACACAUUAUUUAGAUAUAAACACAGUAUAGAAUAUAUAUUAUUUACUUUAGAUCAGUCACCAAUACGGAUAAUGUAUUAUAUAGGUAUACACACACACACACACACACACACGUGUAUAUACUGUUUGGAGGAGAAACGUACACGUCACUCAUUACUUAUAAAGAUAAAGGAAGGAAGUUCUGCUAUAUUUACACGUGUCGAUCGGCCUCACUCACUGAGCCCAGGGUUGAGAAAUCCCAGCGUUUGUUUUUAUCGGGUUAUUUUUUCCCUAAUCAGUUAAAGGGAACCGAGUUACGGCGGCGAGUCGACCGCAGAGACGGAGCUCGGUUCCACAGUCAGGAAGGUAAACAAAAAGCUCAGCGAGGGAAGAUGUAGCGAGACGAGGCUUUGUAAUCCGUAAGAUGGAGGGUGGUGUAAGUAACGAAUAAAACCUUCCACGUCGAUGUUACAGCAUCACUUUCAGCUCGGUGUGACGCAACAGGGAGCCUGGAGUCUGUUAUGUUGUAAUAGCUGCACAUCCUGAGGUGUCGGAAUCCUGUAUCACGACCUCAGCUCGGAAACGCGUCGAAUCAUUUUUAUUUAUCCAGCGACGCCGGCGUACGAUUAAUCUGUAACCGCUCCCUUAAUGUCUGCGUGUGAAUUAAGUGGCUUGGUCGCUAUAGUAACGGCUACAAAUAGGUUUUUUCCCUUUUAAUUAGACAAAAAAAUUUAAUAACUUACUCCUGAUGAUGAUGAUGAUGAUGAUGAUGGAUACUGACGGUAUGUUCGAUUCAUAAUAAUUAAUAAUACUAUAACAGAAAUCCUGACAUUCGCUUCUGAGUGUUUUAUGAAGACCCGAUGUAGAAAAUAACGUGACCAAAUUUGUUACGCCAGAAUUGAACACUGAAUUUUGUAUUGAACUGAGUUUUAAAACUUACAUUUCUUUCUUUCUUUCUGAAAAUAAAUAUUCCAGUGGCACAAAUAAACGUCAUGACACGAGGGAUUGAGAUUCAAAAGGAAAGCAAAGAGAGAGAACGAUGAGGUGAAGCUUGUGUGUGCGCCUUACACACUUUUCCUACAGCAUCUUGUUUUUCUUGUUGGUUUGUUUUGGAGUCCCGGAGGUUUCUCCUCCUCACCGUGCCUUUAAGUGCUGAGGAACUUCAGCAUGCAUCAUACGCUAUGCACUUUCCAGUCACAGUGCCAACCUACAGCAAGCAAUGUGUUAUAACCUGUGUAUAAACUCUCUCACUCACACACACACACAUACACCUGAUCACGAGUCUGGUUUGUAAGCAUCUGAAGGAGGGCUGGUCCUUUUUGCACGUGUUUUUAUCAGUACCAUACAAAAAUCUACAGUACAGCCGUGUUUUUUUUUCUUUCUUUCUUUCUUUCUUUCUUUCGCUCCAAAGAAACCCAUCUCUGUGCAAUCUUUCCUUUUCCUUCUCGAGCACUUCCUCCUGACACGAGCGUAUAUAGUGGGGUGUGUGUGUGUGUAUAAAUACGCAUUUUAUAUGUCAACAGCUGCACGUGCUUCAGUUCCUCAUGUAUCAUUAUGUAUAGCGAUGUCUGAAAUCUUAUUUGCACCCUAAAUGACAUUUAAAGAAAAAAAAGCUACAAAAGUAAUUCUGAUGAUUUAAUAAACUUUGAUUUGUAUUCUC